AUGGGAAGUAGUUACAUAAAACCGCCGAAGAAAUACAUCUCAAAGGAUUUGGUUAUGAGGAAUCUAGAUCUCCAGGAAAAAGAGUUUGAUAAGCUUGUUACACUAUGCGGAGUACAUCCUUACAUCCCCAAGAACAACCGAAAAGUCGACCAAGGAGAUGGAUUUUACUAUAGAAUAUCAGAUGCCAACAAACUUCUUCAUUCUGAUGUCUACAGGAAAUUGAUCAUAAAUAGAGAUCUUGAGAACAAAAAGAAGAGAUAUACUGGAACAGGGUUUGAAUACAAAAUUAAAAACAUCCACUACAAAGAAUAUGGAUAUGUAGACCUAAUCAAAAGCAGAUGCAAAGGAUUUGGUGAGGCUGUGGAUGAAUUGAAUCAUACUCUAAGCAAUCUAUACCUAGGGAGGAUGCUCAAUCUGAAUGAUGGAAUAUCAGAGGUCAUCGAGAUGUUUGAGAGGUUUGUUGCCAAAAAGUCCUUACUUGAGUAUUCAUAUAUGUCGAAGUCUGGAAUUUAUAACCAGAUGACUUUAGGAAAGGUAAAGGUUGUUUGGUUCGUUCCGUACCCAGGAGCAGAGCUAAAGGAUAUAGUAGAAGAGAAGAAGGACAUGCCGAAGAAAUUUGAGUGGAGUGAGCCGAAUUUUCUAGACUUUUUAUCUUCUUCCGAAGAAUCAUCUUCUGAACUUGAAGAAAGGGAAGAGGCCUACAACGAUCCUAGAAAGAUUGAUAUCUCCCUUCUUUCACACUCGAUUCCUCUUCUUAUGACGCAUUGCAAACUAGUUCUCCACAAGUUAGAAAAGGUUUAUGAAUCUCAUGAGGGAGGACGAAAGAUAUUCUCAGAUGUAAAGUUUUAUAUUGAAAGUAAAGCAGUCGAGGGUGCUCUAAGGCUCAUUGUCCUGAGUUGUGGAGGAAGCAUAGUAGAAAGCCCACAUGAGGCAAAUAUCCAUAUAUCUGAAAAGAUUGAUGAAAUGGUGGAAAAUGUAGCAUACUUGCAGCCACAGUAUUUAUUUGAUUGUUUGAAUCAAGGAAAAAGACUUUACGCAGAAUCUUAUUCCGUGGGAAGAAAACUACCUAAGCAUAUUUCUCCUUUUGCUUCAGUAGACAGUAUUAUUUCAAAGGAAAGCCUUAUGACGAUGUCAAAGACUAGAAGACAUAAAAUAGAGGAUUUAAUUAAUAGGUUUGAAGAUGUUAAAUAUGAUCACUAA